GACGCCCCAAUGCUCCUCCCUGCUUUAUGACGUCACUAGAUUCGGAUCUCGCUCGCGCUGUCCGCUACAUCAGUUCAGGUGAUCCAGCUUCAUCUGAAUCGUUCUUUCUUGCUUUUCCCCGCACCGAGGAAAAUCAUUUUUGCUAAUAGAGCUGGACGCAUUUCCUCGCUGGCGUCCGUGCACAGUCUUAAAACGAUCGCAUAUUCCCCGUUUCCCCAAGACAAGGGCACAUAACCGGGACCCUUAGAACUUCGCACUAUUGGGAAAGAAAGAGAAGAGACAAAAAAGGGCCUGUUUCACUGCAGGAAAACUGGGACUUGGGGUUCAGAGGUACUGACGCAUCUAAAGCGAAUUGUUAAGCCGGACUGGAUCAUCGCGAUCUGCGCGAAGACAGAGGGAAACGCAAAGUGCCAACUGUCCAGUCGGAUCUCUUUGCGCGAACAGUUGCGAUCAUCCGGAUUGCUUUGAAUUCUGCAUCUCCAUUUGACUUAUCAAGUUCGCGAUCCAGGCAGAGCCUACAUCUGUUGGUGAUUAGCGGGGCUUUGUGGCGGAUCGAGCCUGUAGAAGAGUUACAGAGUGGCUGGAAAGGCUCUUCACUGUGCAUGGCUUUGUAACAAAUCCACCGCUGAACUGAUCAUCAACCGGAGCUGAACUUGGUGUAUUAUUCUAAAGUGUUCGCACCAGUCCGCGGAUUUUCAGUGCACGACUUACAGCAUGGCAAUGCGGUCCGGUUCAUGGAUCCUCUUGGUGGUUCUUAUGAACACACCAGUGGGAAAUGGACAGUCUGUGCAGAUGGACCCAGAGGUAUCUGACUUUGUUGGUACAACAGUCGAGCUGAGCUGCCUCUUCAUCAACAGCAAACCCCCGGUGAAGAUCUCACAGGUCACUUGGCAGAAGUCCUUCAAUGGCACAAAGCAGAACGUGGCCAUUGCCAACCCAGCGCUAGGUGUCUCUGUGCUGCCUGCAUUUAAAGAUCGCGUUUGGUUUAAACACCUGUCUGGGUCGGCAAAUCCCUCGCUUGAGGACACCACGAUUGUUUUCAGCAACCUCCGUCUUUCAGACGAGGCUGCCUACAUCUGCGAGUACACCACCUUCCCAGCGGGCAACAGGGAAAACAUGGUCAACCUCACUGUCUAUGCACGUCCCGUGACGCACAUGACACUUACAACUCCCAUCAUCAUCGCACGGGCCCAGAAGCACAAGAUGACUGUUGCAACAUGCCUGUCAGCAAACGGAAAGCCACCUAGUGUGAUUAAGUGGGAUACCCAGCUAAAGGGUGAAGCCACAUUUCAGGAGACACGCAACCCCAAUGGCACAGUCACUACACGCAGCAACUAUGUGAUCGUGCCAAGCCGUGAGAGUCACCGACAGAAGCUCACAUGCAUUGUCACCUACAAAAAUGAGCACAUCAGUGACAGUGUCAUCCUCAAUGUUCAAUAUGAACCGGAGGUAAAGAUUGAUGGUUUUGAUGGAAAUUGGUACCUGAAUCGCCAGGAUGUGAAACUCACCUGUGAUGCAGAUGCAAACCCACCUGUGACUGGCUACCAUUGGAAAGUAUCGAAUGGAUCCCUGCCGAAAAAUGUGGAAAUCAGAAACAACACUCUGUUCUUCAGGGGGCCUGUGACAUAUGACUUCACCGGCAUAUACAUAUGUGAUGCCACCAACAGCAUCGGCACCCGGUCUGGACUAGUAGAGGUCAAUGUGACAGAACAUCCCCAACGCGUGCAUCCAGACCCCGACAAUGACCAGACGCAAUUCGGUUCCAGUGCUGCAAUAUUGGGUGGUGUGGGAGGCUUGGUUGUACUGAUCAUUGGUGCUGCUUUGCUCAUCUUCUUCCUGCGACGUCGACAGCGCACCUUCAAAGGCGACUACAACACCAAAAAGCAAGUCUUUGGUAAUGGCUACAGUAAGGCGGGCUCUGUGCCUCCACAUCCUAAUGUGCCCAAGAACCUGCAGUACCCAGAUGACUCAGAUGAUGAGAAGAAGGCCACUCAGAUUGGGGUGCCACCGGGCUUUGAGGGCACAGAACAUGAUUUCGAUGGUAACUCUGAAGACCUAAAGAGACCCUAUUUCACUGUGGAUGAAGGUGAGAGCCAUGAUUACGACGAGAGGACUCUAGCUUUCCAAUAUGAGCCCGAGUCUGAGAUUGCUGACGACAUGGUAUCCCAAACUGAUGGCUCUGUCAUUUCAAAGAAAGAGUGGUAUGUCUAGGGUAACAACUAAAUAAUAGAAUAGCAUUUAUCUGCUCUCACCUGCAUUUUACCACACCCCUUCAUCUCCAUCACUAGAAGCCUUCUAUCCAUCCUGAUGUUCAUCCCAUCCCUCACUACUCCAAAACAGCCACCUCUGCCCCAUCACAGCACAUUUAAUUGAACGCGAACAUUGAAAAAAAUGCUUGCAGCGUUGACAAAUCAACAACACUAUUUCCACAUGUUAAGGGUUUAACCUCGUACAGCAGUGAAAAGAGUGACAUGCCAAUCGCCAUUGACUCCUAAAGCUGUACAGGCUAGUUGCUUGAAACUUUUAAGCUGCAUUAUGGUUUAUAUAAUUUGUCUCAUUUUGUUGAUGUUGCUAUCAAUGUAUUAACUGUAUUAAAAAGCAACUUUGUAAUGAAUGAGUUCUCAUUCUUGUGAAAGCAUACACUGGAUGUAUUAUAUUUUCAAAUUUUGUUUUAACUUCAGUACAUUUGUUUUUCAUAUAUGAUUUUUUUUGUAAUUCCCUCUUUAUAUGGUGAUGGUUUUCUGGAAAUGGUGCGGUUAUAUAUAUAGGUAGAUAGUGAGACGUGUUAAGUUGCUUCAGACCUUAAAUGAUGUUUUAUUUUAAAGAAGAAAGCACAUGAAUUUCCAAAGACGUGCAUGGCAGUUUAAAUAUGAAUUCAAAGCCUUGGUUUUGGGUAGCAUGGCUUGGCAUAAAAACUUGUGCCUUACUCAGGCAGAUAGGCACAGAUAGAUACAAUGGUGAUUAACUUGCUUCUCACCUCAAGUCUCCUGAGAGGGCUUUUACAAAGGAGUGUGAUAACAUGCUUUUUUUUCCCAUUUAUUUUUUUCUGUUAACAUUAUUGGAAAUAAUUGUAAUACUUUGUUAAUGUACAUUUCACUGUUACAGUAGAAGAUAUAAAUGUACAAUGGACCUUUAACAGAGUAUCAGGUUUUUUUGUCUUGUUUUUGGUGGUUCUGUGGUGACAUGGGGUAAUUUGUAGACAUGGAAUGUUUGACACUGUACAUAUUCAUAUUAGGGCUUAAUAUGUCAUGGUAAAAUUUUGUGAAAGAUGCAUUUGUACAAUUGUACUCCAUAAUUAGACAUGAUGACUUAUUUCUGAUCAUUUAGGGGGCCACAGUGACUUGGAACAUGAAAGUUUGAUGAUUCGUGUCAAAACGGACUUUCUAGCACAUGAACUUAAAUCGUGUGCUUAAAACUUGUCCAUCUUUUCUAAUUUGUCAUUUUUUUUAAUUUAGGAUUACAGCAAACAAGGCAAUGCCAAAAUAUACUGACGCUACAGACUGAUAGAAACUUGCAGCGCAACAUACUUCUUGAUGAUCUAAACCAUUGACUGUGUUUUGCAGUGUUUUUUUAACCACUUUUCAUACAAAUACAGAUAACUUUUGUUGGUAAAAUAUCAAAUAAAAUCUGCAAGAAAAAAAUAUCAUGAGAAACAAGUAAUCAAACUAGCUAGCUGAAAAGAUGCAUAUGGGUCUUAUUUUAAAGUCAUUUUAUUUUCUUCUACAGGUGUGUAUAGGUGUGUGCAUGCACUUGUUUUUAAUUUUUUAUGUCUUCAGCAUAAGAUACUUUAUCUAAUAUUCUCUUUUGUUCAAUUUGUUGAAUAUGACAGAAGAAUGCAUUCCAGUGUGAUGGGACAUUGGGUUUUUUGGAUAGUCCUGUAUGUUGGUGUAUUUUUGUUUUCUGAAAGAAAAAGCUUUUUAUAGUCACCGAAAAUAAGUCUAAAUCAUGUCAAUGAAAUACCCACUACUUCCACGACUUUUCUCUCUGGCUUAAAUCACAUUGAGGAAAAUUAAUAAUCUAUUAUACUGGCAUUUUUGUAAGCAAUUGAAACCAUAAAUAAUUGCCACUUACUGGAAAACUCCACAUUACUAAUUGGGGUUACUUUGGGAGGUAAUGCCUAAUUGUUUGUUAGUUGUUUUCUUUUUAAAUAAUAAAUGGUGAAGAAUAGCUUACUACUUAAUAAGUGGACCAUAUUAUUCCUGUAAGAUAAUAUUCUGUAAUAGUGGUAAGAAUUCUGGCCCUAAUGAAACAUUUGUGCAUAUUUGUUUCCACCAACUUCCAGGAUAGUCUAUUCAGAAAAGAAUGUUUACUCAUGCAGUACAGUGUAAAGGGGAAUAUUUUGUUGUGUUUUCUUUUAGGUCAAGUGUUAUUUGCAGUGGAUUUUCAAAUUAUGUAAUUAUUAAUAAGCCACCUUUGGGAAAAACUGGAAAACAGGAAUAAUCCCAGCAGUGCAUAAUAAGAUUCAUACUACUUUACUUCAUAACAUUAACAAUGUUUCACCAUAGCACAAGCAUGCCUAAAGGAUUAAAAAAUAUAUAUUUAUAUUUGUUUCUUUUUCCAAGAUUAGCAAAAGGUAGAGAUGUGCAGAUCACAUUUCUGCCUACUCCCACAUACAAACAGACCAAUCACAUCUGCUCCCUCAGACAUUUUAUCCCUUUAACUAAAGUAUUUUGCAACAAAAUAAAAAAAGUAACUUAAACCGUGGUGAUCCUGAAUAAGACGAAGCAGAUACUGAACAUAAUUAAAUAAAUUAAUAACUAAUGGAAGCCAAAUGUGCAUCAGACAUGGUACAUUCAAGUGUGAAUACUGUGUAACAUCCAGUAUGCUCCAUGUGAAGCAAAUUACCAUAUAUGACCCUCUAUCCAUUUAACUUAUCUGGCUGCUUGCUCCCAACCUCAUGUCAUGAGAGUAACAACCACCUGCUCCUACAAAUUUCGGGGGGUCCUGUAGGAUGCCAUCUCAAGCACCCCGCAAACAAAAAAUAUUUACAUACAUUUAUUUAAAUAAGGUUCUUAACAGUCAUUGAUCUUGUUUUUGAAAUAGCUUUUAUGUUCUACAACUCAUCCAUGCCCACCCCAAGGCCUAAUUUUCCAUUGUAAAUACAAUAUAUUACAUUUGUGGAGAAAAAGUUAAAUAUGAACACCUCUCAUGAAACCUUGUCAUGAAUCUUUUCAACACAAUUGAAAGAAAGCAAGAUAUGACUCAUACUUAGUGAAUAUGUUUAAGUUGUUGUGGGAAUUCUAAUUCUUUUAAUAUUAAUGGGAUUGAUGUAAAAAUAUUCACAAAUAAAUAUAUAACAUUUUGUAAGUAACUGCCAAAAAAAUUACAAAAAGAGGUUCUAAUCCCCAUGCAGUCAUGUGAAUGUAUGUAUGUUUGCUGAGGUUGAUUAUUGUUCACUUGUUGACCCAGUGAAGUAACCUGUAUUUGCUUCAAAAUAUUAAAUGAUUUCAUUGUUGAAUGAUA